AUAUGGCUGAUGUUAUCUUGGGAAGAUUUUGGUCAAGGAAAGACUGACCGCCAGCUGACCCUGGUGAGUCAAGAGGUGCGGGUGGUUGGAACUAAGUGUUAUUUGCCGGGUACAUAAACUGAUGGGAAAAAGCCAUCGACUUUCAUAUCUUUGAGAGCGUAGUUGCAGAGUAGACAGGAAAUUGCUUCUGGGGAUAUGAGAUAAGGGGAGCUGUAUUGGGAAUCACCAAGCGACACGCUGCAUCACUGGUUUGUAUUGAUUGAGGAGGCUAUUUAGACUUGACUUAAUUCACUCCAGGAUCAAGCAUUGACCCACCCGUCUGCCCCAGCGAUUGAAACGCACUUGAUUGAAUCACACUGCCGAUUGCUCGACAGUCUGGUGAAUGCUGAUUGACACAAGUGGCCAACCUUUUUGACCAAUCAGCUCUCAGAAAGGGCUAUCAUCACCUUCGGGGAAAACAGGCAGAGGUGUGAGGGGAUGUUGAGAAUAUAAUGCCACCUACAGCAGAGAAUGUUACCUACCAACAGCAGGGGUACAGUGGAAACCGAGGGCUCCGCUUUGAGGGUUCCGGUCAAGGAAAUGACCAAAUUUUGAGAAAUGGAAGAGAGGAGUUCUCGGAUAGUGACAGCCAGUCAGAACAUAUAACCAACAUGACUGACAAUUCACAGAGUAAUGGCUACAUCUCGGAUGAGAGUAAAUACCGCCAAGAGUUCUUCUUUAAGGAACCGACAGUCUACUCUCAUCGUAUGUUUGUUCGUGGGGCUAAGAUAUACUCGGUCUUGAAGCAGGAUCCCAAUGAAGGGAGUCCGUACCUUCGCAGGAAACAGCUGGCCAAUGCUCCCAUCCAACCACCGGUAGCGGACGAGGAGUUUAAAGAUGAGAUUGAGAAGAGGAAAACUUACGAACUGGCCUUUGCUGCGCUUAAAUAUCAGACCAUCUUGGAAGCAAUAGCGGAGGAAUCCAGCUUCUUCAGCUACCAUCCAGAGGUGAAGCAUGACCAGAGUCUAGUCAUGGUGAUGCUCUUUGACUUCCAGACCAGGAAGUUUCAGCAUCGCUCCCCCUUCCCGGAUGAGGAACUGGAUGAGGUGUGCUUGGAGGUGGAACGUGCAAUACUCGACUUCAAGAUCAAGCUGAAUGCCUGUCUGGCCCGACAUCGCAUCAAGGCCAGAGCGCCCUCUAUAGAGUUCCUGCUGCCAGAACAGGUUCGCCAGCAGGAGGAGAACAACAAGUUCCAGAUGCCAGUUUACAUGUGGGUCAACCAUCACAAAACAAAUUUGGCGGAUGUGAUCCACAGAUUGAAGGAGGAGGGCCAUGAGCAGGUGUCCUGUUCCGUGCUGGAUUUGAAGGAGAAGAAAUUUGUGGUGGACCACCACUGUCCAGACAUGCUUGUGUUUGCUCCUGAUGCUGCUCAAUAUCUCCAUGGCCAUCCGCUGGUGACGUCGGGGCAUAUUGUCAUGCAGGACAAGUCCAGCUGCCUGGCACCCCACUCCGUCAAACAUCUGCUGAAUGAAGAAGACGACGUCAUCCAUGUCAACAUGGGGUCCGGCUUGACCACUGCCCACUUGUCCAGUCUCCUGAAGGGGUCGGGGUCCCACAUCUAUGCUUUCGGUGCCACCUGUGAUGUCGAGUCGUACAGAGUGCAUCACACUUUCGACCAUCUGGGAGUGAGAAAUAUUCGCAUGAUGUCAGACUCCUUCAUGGACGUGGACACAGACGACAGCCGCUUCAAGAACGUGCGUGUUGUCCUGGUAACUGCAGAAUGCAGCAAGUCUGGCAUCACCAACCCUGUGGAGUUUGUCAUCAGUGAGGGAGAAGACAUGAAGAUACUGCGAGACCUAUCACUGGGGGAGUCCAACUCAUCCCGACUCGGGGAGUUCACGUCACGACACAACUUCUGGCUCCGGCAGGCCAUGAAAAUGCCGAAAGUGCAGGCCAUUGUGUAUGUGACCCGGUCUGUGUUCGAGGCGGAGAAUGAUAACGUGGUACUGAAAGCCGUGGAGUACAUGAACAUGGUACAAAACAAGAAGGCUGUACCAUUCCGCCUUGUACCACCUGUCUUGCCAUUUAAUGGGGAGGAGAUUGAAAAUAACGAGGGAAUUGUGGGAAAAUUUAUGAAAUUCAAACCAUCUCCAAAAAUGAACGGCUGUUUUGUUGCUGUCAUCACAAGAGAGCCGGAAGAAGUUAAGGAAACUGCACGGGAUGUAAUUGCACGUGCUGCAGCCAAAGGACUUAUGGGUAACCCUCCCCAUAAAGGGGAAGGGGCAGAAAAUGGCCGGAGACGGCGAAAAUCACCAAAGAGAAUUCGGGGCACAACUUCAGCACCCAAUAGUGUUCCAGCAUAUCAAAAGCACAACAUUUCUGUCAGCAGCCCUGUGUCAAACUAUAUAAAUUCUGCAUCACGUUCACCGACACGCUCCAGCAGAAUGUUGAUUGGAGCAAGGCUGCAUGCCAGUCAGCCACGGUUAGUUUCACCAACAUCGGCACAGAAACCACUAAAAUCACUUGUUCCUGAAUAUGCACGUGUGGUGAAACACCCUGCACCUUUUAGGUGAAGGUCAUUUGGUUGCGGGUGAAGGUCAUGGCCUUGAAGGUGAAGGUCAUGUGCUUGUUGGGUGUCAUGUGAUUUUUUUUUCUCUAUUUUCACAGUAAAAUUAUUGAAGUCUAUUUUAAAUGUUUGCAUCAUGGUUUGGGGAUGCUUAUAUAUUCCGUCCUUUUACACACGACAACCAACACAUCAUGUGACUCUUUGCCGUGAAUUGCAAUAUGUAUUUUGGUUCAGUUUGAUAUACCACAAAGCAAGAUUAUUACUGAAAUUUUAUACAAUUUAUGUUUACCUCAAAGAUGUUUUUUUAUAUAUGAAGAAAUUGUAUCUUUUUUUUUUCAAACAGAUCCAAGCCAAAUAACAAUGUUUUAUGCAAUAUUUGUGAUAACAGUACCAUUUUUAUGAAAACCAAAAUCCUUAUAGAUUCUAACAUGUGCAGUAGUUGGAAUCGAAUUAAUGAUUUCAGUCAAUCUUGCUUGCAUGCGAUCACCACUUAUGAUGAAUUGUGCAUGAAAAUGUAACUACAACUUUAGCGUAUUUCAUGGUUAUGUGGAAAGUGUAACAGUUAACUAUGUUUUGAUAUAUAUACAUCGAUGUGUCUAUGUGUCAUUUGCUAGGACAGUCUACCUUACCCUACAGUAAGUGCUCUGUAUAUGUAAUGUACCGCAAUAUACCGUACAACAAGGCCACACAAUUCUUGUCUCUUCUCCUGCGCGUUGAUGUUGUCAUGUAUUUGUGUGCUUGUUUACUUGUUGCAAAGGCUUCUGUCAAGAUUUGUUCUCAGAACUACAUUACGUUGUGAUUCCUUACAUCUGAACUCUGGAUCUGGUGACAAAUCAUUAACCCGUGAAGAUCAUGUGUACUCAAUAAUGAUUGCCAUGUGAUUUUCUGAAAAUAUUUUGAGAAGGUUGACUAUGCCAAAUACAUUUAAUUUAUUCAGUAUUUAAACAAUGACAUGCCAUUAAAUUGUGAUAAAACAUUUACUUCUUUCAAGAAAAUUGUAUUUGAUCAAUAUCAGAUAAAGAAGAUUACAGUAAAUUUCACUUUUAUAACAGACUUUAUAAGAUAUAUAUAUAUGGAAAUUUCAAUAUAUAGGAUUUUGUAAACGAAAAUCAAAAUGAGUGCCAUUUAAGGAGGAAAACUGAAUUUGACAGAAGUCUCUUGCUUUGAGAUGUUUCCAUUCAUGUCAUUCUCAUCAGAUAAUACACAUGCUUAUUUGGAAAUAGUAUUGAAAUUAAGUGGAUAUCUCAAUUUUUCAGGCAAAGUGACUAUGAUAAGGUGAUGGACUUGCAGUUUGUCAUCAUUUUCAUAUAAUAUGCAUCAUAUUAUCCUUGUUUUAUACAGUGAAACCAUUAUCUGAUAAUUAUCCAUACUCAGGGCCUGAUAUGAAACCAUCUUGGCCCUGAUGAGGAUUAAUUCCAAAUAUUGGUCAUCCUGAAACAAUGAAUUUGUCCUUUCUUUCACAGUUCAUUUUCUAUUCUGCACCGAGUUCUAUUUUCAAUUCCAAUUUUGGGUUACUCAACUCCUUUCUUCCAUAAAUGCAUGUGGUGACUUCUUCCUCUUCUUCAUAUGCCCUUGUUCCGCAAACCGAUCUUAGCGCUACGAUGAUCGUACAGCUAUGUUAAAGUAUAGAAGUUACGAUCAUUGUUGUGCUACGAUCGCUUUAUGGAGUAGGGCCUUGAUCACUUUUACAUAUCUUACAUCUCCUUUAUAUAUGAUACUUCCUCACUCCAUCUUUGAAGUCAUCCAUUUCACUGUAAGACUGUUUGCUUCACAUGGUACUCUUCACAACCCCCCAGAUUUUCAAACCUACUUUAUCAUUUUAAGAUGUUGCUCGUCUGUGACUGAAAAUGUUUCAUUAAAAAAGUAAUUUUUGUCCAACAAGUUAGGCUUAAAAAAAGAAAAUAAUUGGAUCUCAGUCAAUUGGUUUUGAAAAUUUAGUGCGGGCGGGCGGGUGGUGUUUUUUUUUUGGGGGGGGGGUGGGGGAUGGUGGUAUGUAACCAAAUAAACAGAUGUGUAACAAAAUAAACAGUUGUAGGAAAGGGCCUCCCUACAUAAAUGUAUUCCUUGAUGAGUAAAAUACAGUAUUUGACUACCGUUGGACUUAUUUAUUUUAGUCUGAGUGACCAAAACAUGCAUUUUGAUAAGCUCUGCUUAUCUAAAACUUUUAGUCUUGAUGGAAAAUAGAUGGAAAAUAUUGAAAACACCAACCAUUCUUCAAAAUCUCAAAAUUGUCUCGUAUUAUAACAGCCUCAAACUGUCAGGCAGCACAGCCCUGGUGUGAAUUCAUUGUACAUUGUAGGGUUAUUCAUAACCAAUGGAAACGGUUCAUUUCACGGAGUGACAUUUGAACAGUUUUAUCUCACUGAGUGACAAUAUCUGUGUUAUUUCACUAAAAAUUCCUGGUGUUUAGUCUCUAGUCUGAGUGAGAAUCCUGGCACUGCCCGAAUAAAGGCAACCCCGGUAUCUCCUCAGAGAAUGGACUUCUGCAUGUUUGCUUCUAAUUAUUCUCAACCCCUAUUAUCAUGUUCAAUAUUUUCAUCAUAAACAUGUUGCUAUUUUAUAUAUCAAAUGCUUCAAAUGUAUCGUUUAGCGACAUCUUAGAAUCUGUAGUAUCAAUGAAGCCAGGGCUGACUUGGAGUUCAGCUUCUAUAUUCUUUCCAUGCGACGUUUUGGCGCAGGUGCUAGUAGACUUACCUGUUAAAGAUCUUAGCACCACAUUGAAAGAAUAUUGACGUUGGAGUCCAUAAUUCCAUAAGCUUCAAAUAUAGUCCUUAAACAUCUCCUAUGAUAAAGAGACAGGUUUUUUUAGCAAUACUUUCAUACCCACAGUUUUCAUUGAAAAGUACAUAAUAUUAUAUUGAACAAAACAUUGUCACUAAUUUUGGAUGCUUACAGAUGUGUGAAGAAAAGGUUUGGCUUAAUUCUAAGAAAUUAUAAAAUAAAAAUUCUUUUUCUUUUAUUAUUUUUAAAAAAGAAGUACCUGUUACAUUCUAUGAAAAUUAACAAAAAUGUUUCAGAUAUUUGCUAAUGCCAAAAAUAGUUGUCAAAGUCUCCUGUACAUUCAUUCCUUCAUCAAUUUGCACUGUAAUAUAUAUCUCACAUCAGUUGUCAUCUAUACAUUGCGCAACAUACGCUCUUCGUCACCCAUUAUGCUGUCGGCUUUCUGCGGACUCAACUUGGCAAAGUGCUUUAUCAAGCUUGUGAUGUGUGCACAUCAAAAAGUAUAUUUAAAUUUGAAUAUGAUCAUAUAUUAUAAUAUUUUGAAGGAGGUACACUAUAUCAUUUCGCAAUCAAUAUAUGUUGUCCCUAGAUUUGAAAGAAAAAUGUUUCUUCAAUUUUGAUGGUUUUGAAAUUGGAAAUAAAUUUCAGUUUGCUGUAGAAAAUGGAUGAUUUUUAAGUUCAACGUGAAAUUGGUGCAAUUGAAAUAAUGCAACUUCUUUGCAUAUGUCAAAUUAAUCAUUCACUUUGUAAAAAUGUGUUAGAUCUAAUAGUUGGUUUAGAACUGUUUGUAUGAAUAUUUGCAUAGAGAAAUCUGAGCCUUAUAUAUAAGAACCAAAUAUAUAAACUGUCUGUGAUGUCUCUUAACUAUUGCUGUAUAAAUGUGCCAUAUAUAUUUGUUAUUGCCUAUCAUUGAUUGACAGUGAUAUAUACGAGUUAUAUCACACGCUUCAUGCAGGUGCCUGGUGGGAGGAUGCUGUUGGGUGAUGGUGAUGGGCGAAACCUGUCAUACAUACGUCUAUAAGGAUUGAUAUUAUUUUGAGCUUAUGCCACAUAUUUUCUUAAUUGUUUCAUAGCAAGGUCCACAUGCACAAAGCGAUCUUAGCGCUAUGGUUAUCAUAAGUCGAUGUUAGAGAAUGGGAGUUAUACAAUCAACGUAGCCCUAAGAUCGCUUUGUGUAAGUGGACUGAUCUGAAUAGUAAAAAUAUAUACUACAUGUACUAAAAAGAGUUGAGGACCACCCCAUUUUUUCAUAUUGCUAUGACAGAUUAACAAUAGUUAUGUGAACGAAUUGGGUGGUCCUGAACUAACUUAAUUACUUGAAUCUGAUCCAGUAGGGAAUGGAUUAGGAGUUGAUACUCUCACAUUGCCAUGAUGAUCAUGUAUCUAGCUCACCAACAUAUCAACAUUAUGUAGAGAGUCACUGCGAUCAUCCAUGUUUACGUAUUCAUCCAAGGUGUUCAUUUUCUUAGCCACAUCACAUAGGUUCAUUUCAGGUGGAAGCAUAUCAUACUAUAUAUAUUUAUUGCCAAAGUGCUCUCCGUGGCAAUACUGUAGGUGUAGAAGUAGUUCCGUCAAAAACCUCUGUAUUAAUUUUUUUUUUCAAGGUGGGAUUUGGUGAGAUGGGGUGGAGGUGGUGUGAGGAGGUCGGGGGAGGGGUCGGGGGUAGGGGUUGGUUGGUAGGGCUGGGAUGGGCUGAGUUUGUAACAAGUGGUUGGUGAGGUUGGGGGUGAGGGGUUGAUGGUUGGUGAGGUUGGGGGUGAGGGAUUGAUGGUUGGGUUUACAAUGGAGUAUGGGUGGCUGGGGUUGGUGUUAGAGUAACAGGUGUCUUGGUUGAGUAAAGAUAGAAAGGUUGAUAUUAGGGUUUAUGAAUUGUGUAGGGACAUGUUCAGGGAGGUGGCUUGGCAUGAGAUUGUUGGUGGUGGGGGCGGGUUAAUAAUAACUAAGUAUACCUAUAGGCUGUUUAUAGAAGAAAGAAGGACAUGGCCUUAUAAUGAGUUAAAGGAGCUAGGUUGGUAUUCAAGUCAAUAAUGGUCAGCAUAUUCCCAUUGAGCCCUUGUUUUAACAGUUUUUCUGCUGCUUGCAUAAUUUCAGGUCAUACUAUUGAGAAAUGCGUGUAGCUGGUAUCUGUGCACACAGCAUUUUAGUUUCAAAAUUGACAGCUUUGUCUGUUUGAAUUAACAUGAGCACUUAAUUUGUUAAUAAACUAAUUUUAUUACUGAAUAAACAUGAAUAAUU